AUGGGUGUUCAGAAGAAGACCAGAAAGUUCGCCGAAGUCAAACGAGUUAUUGGCAAGAACGAUGCCCGACGCAAGGAGAACCUGAAGAAGGCCGAAGAGGCCGUCGAGAAGGCCAAGCGCGAGCGCGCUGGCCCCGAUGGAAGCGAAAAGAUCCGCGAAAUCCCUCAAAUGCCAUCGUCCUUCUUCUUCCAGGCCAACACCGCCCUUGUCCCUCCGUACAGCGUCAUCGUCGAUACGUCUUUCUUCUCCCGGACAGUGCAGAUGAAGUUGCCCGUACUCGAGACGAUGAUGGACUGUCUAUACGCGACGUGCCAUCCCAUCGUUACCGACUGCGUUAUGGCUGAGUUGGAGAAAUUGGGUCCCAAGUUCCGCCUUCCGCUGAGAAUAGCCAAAGACGAAAGAUGGGAACGUCACAAGUGCACCCACAAGGGUGUCUAUGCUGAUGACUGCAUUGUAUCAAAAGUAUCGAAAGACCGAGUGUACAUUGUUGCAACCAACGACGCGGGUCUCGUUUCCCGUCUCCGUCGGAUUCCCGGUGUACCCAUUAUGAAGUGCGCCCGCGGAAAGUACGUCAUUGAGAGAUUGCCCGACGCCCCGGUAUAA